AUGCCUGGCUUUUCAAUCCAACAAGAUCUACAGGCAAAGUCGUGCUCCGGUGGAGACAUUCCUAGUACCCAAGGACUGCUUCAAGGUGCCAUCAUUACAGAUCGCAGGACACAGUUAAAGUUGCCACUCUGGCAAGAUCUCCUACAGUUCCUCGGUGCCUCCUGUCAUCGCACCAUGGCCUACCACCCCCAAUCAAAUGGUAUGGUGAAACGCUUUCAUUGCCAGCUUAAGGACUCCAUCAAGGCUCAACCCCAUCCUUACCGCUGGGUGGAUGUCCUCCCCCCUGCAUUACGGCAGUCAGUAGCAUCAUUCAAGGUCAUUGCUCCUUACCAAUCAUCUUGUCGCCCCAACAUCAUUCCCACCGUUCUCCUUGAUGCUGAACAAGAUCUUGUCAGGCGAGAUGCCCACCGGACCUCACUCCAGCACCCUUAUGAUGGCCCUUUCCCAGUUAUAUCCUGUUCAGCAAAGUUCCUGAUGAUCGACUGCUUCGGCAGAUAUGACACUGCUUGUGCACCUCUUGCCUCAAUUGGUCUCAUCCAUUCUCGCCUCUUCCCCAAACCAUCUCAGCCUGCCUCUCUGCAGAACUUUGCCAGAAUUUAA